UGGUUUUAUAAUGACAAUUUUACAAUUUUCAAACAAAUUUGUUCUGUUUGGUAUAAACUCUUCAUGCUUAAAAUGAAGAGUGUAAUACCACCUGUGUUGUGUGUGUGUGAUGCAAUGCAGGCGGUGCAGAGCGGACGCUGAUGGGGGACGAAAAGGAGACCUGGAAAGUGAAAACUCUUGACGAAAUCCUACUAGAGAAAAAACGCAGAAGAGAAUUAGAAGAGAGAACAGAACCCAAGCGCCAGAAAAAUUUCACCCAGGGCCUUGUUCCACAGACGGAUGAUCGGGAAGCCAAACGAGAUACUCCGGAGGAAGGAGAACUACGGGAUCAAAAGAUGGAAAUAACAAUUCGGAAUUCCCCGUACGCCCGGGAAGACUCAACAGAAGACAGGGGAGAGGAAGAUGAAUCACUGGCAAUCAAGCCUCCACAGCAAAUAGCAAGGAAAGACAAAUCUCAUCACAGAAAGGAGGAGAAGAGAAAAGAUAAAAGACGUCAUCGCAGCCACUCUGCUGAAGGAGGGAAACAUGUACGGCCCAAAGACAAAGAAAAAGAGAGGGAGAGCGAACGCAGGAAGCGUCAGUGGGAAGAAGAUAAAGCCCGGCGAGACUGGGAGCGGCAGAAACGAAGGGAGCAGGCCAGAGCUCAUUCACGCAGAGAAAGUACAUCUACUGUAGGACUACAAGUACAACCUCGACUGGACUCUCCUGGGUUUUUUUUGGACCACAGGGACCGGCUGGAGCAGCUGGAACGCCAGCGCGAGCGGGACCGAAAGCUCCGCGAGCAGCAAAAAGAGCAACGGGAGCUUAAGGAUCGAGAGAGGAGGGCUGAGGAGCGGCGCAAAGAGCGAGGGUCUAGACGAGAAGUGCCGUCUCACCAUCGAAUGCUGCCUGAAGAGUACGAUGAAAAGCCAAAGCAAAGUCACCGCAGCCGCAGCCCCACCCACGUUCCCCGAGACAGAUCUGACCAUAGUGAAACACGGAAGAGUGGAACAUCAAAAGAGGAAAAACCAGAGGGCAAGGACCUGCUCGCAGACCUACAGGACAUCAGUGACAGCGAAAGGAAGACCAGCACAGGAGAAUCGUCUUUAGCGUCAGGAUCAGGCUCUGACGAAGACGAUGACGAUGACGAGGAUGAGGAGUCCAGCAGCCAGAGUGAGGGCGAAGAGGAAGAGGACGAGGAGUCUGUCUCGGGCUCUGGCAGGUCUGACCAGAGCGCAGAGGACGUGAGUGAGGAUGAGCAGUCAGAGGAAGACUUUGAAGAGGAGAGAGAAAAUGGAAAUCAUAUUCCUGCAGUGCCAGAGUCCCGUUUCGACCACGACUCCGAGGAGAGCGGUGAAGAGAUGGAGGACGAGGAAGAGGAGGAGGACGACACGGGGGACAAUGACCCUACGCCCCAAUCUCAGACUCAUUCCCGCUCCCCCACCCCCGAAGAGAACUACGUCCCUGAAUCCCCUCCUAUUUCACCCGUGGAGCUGAAGAAGGAGCUGCCUAAAUAUCUUCCUGCUUUACAGGGUUGUCGCAGUGUGGAGGAGUUCCAGUGCCUGAACCGAAUAGAGGAGGGAACGUACGGUGUGGUGUACAGAGCCAAGGACAAAAAGACUGAUGAAAUCGUGGCCUUGAAAAGGCUGAAGAUGGAGAAAGAGAAGGAGGGAUUCCCCAUCACCUCUUUAAGAGAAAUCAAUACUAUCCUGAAAGCUCAGCACCCAAACAUCGUCACAGUACGGGAAAUCGUUGUUGGAAGCAAUAUGGACAAGAUUUACAUCGUGAUGAACUAUGUAGAGCAUGACCUGAAGAGUCUGAUGGAAACCAUGAAGCAGCCUUUCCUGCCAGGUGAAGUUAAGACUCUGAUGAUUCAGCUGCUUCGAGGAGUCAGACACCUGCACGAUAACUGGAUUCUCCACCGCGACCUGAAAACGUCCAAUCUGCUGCUCAGCCACAAGGGAAUCCUCAAGAUUGGCGACUUUGGUUUGGCCCGUGAGUACGGUUCCCCCCUUAAGCCCUACACCCCUGUAGUGGUGACCCUGUGGUACCGAUCGCCAGAGCUGCUGCUCGGAGCCAAGGAGUACUCCACAGCUGUGGACAUGUGGUCAGUGGGUUGCAUAUUUGGCGAGCUCCUCACCCAGAAACCUCUCUUCCCUGGAAAAUCUGAAAUUGACCAAAUUAACAAGAUUUUCAAGGAUCUGGGGUCGCCCAGCGAGAAGAUCUGGCCCGGCUACAGCGAGCUGCCCGCUGUGAAGAAGAUGACUUUCACAGAGUAUCCUUACAACAACCUGCGAAAGCGCUUUGGAGCACUGCUGUCAGACCAAGGCUUUGACCUCAUGAACAAAUUCCUCACCUACUGCCCCAGUAAGAGGAUCUUAUCGGACGAGGCACUCAAGCACGAGUACCUCCGCGAGACGCCAUUGCCCAUUGACCCGUCCAUGUUCCCCACCUGGCCGGCCAAGAGCGAGCAACAGAGGGUGAAGAGAGGCACCAGUCCUCGUCCACCCGAGGGAGGCCUGGGCUACAGUCACCUGGGGGAUGACGACCUUAAAGACACAGGCUUCCACCUGACAACCAGCAACCAGGGAGCGUCUGCAGUCGGUCCAGGAUUCAGCCUGAAAUUCUGAGGCCAAAACUGCAAACACCUGGCUUUCUAACAGAGGAAGAGUGGGAGCAAAAAAUUCUGGGACUCGUUUAUGUCGAAAGCGGAUGGUGUCACUGGUUUACUGUAAACCAGAUCAAUAUCUGAUCAUUCAACUGUUACCAGAUAGUCAGGACUGUCUCACAGCAAGACUGGUGGCUCAAACAUGUUGAAUUUUCCUUUUUGUCAUCUGUUUUUUUUUUUUCUUUUUUUUUUUAAAGGCAUUUCUUCGUUUCAAAUGUGGCAAUUUUAGCUGUGCAAGAG